CAAUUCUAUUAACAAACGGUCAUUAGUGCAGCUCCUCAUGUGUGCAGAAAAGAGGCACCUCUCUUCAUCUCUGCAAUAGAUGGGCAUGAGGGAAGCAGCCUCCUGGAAAAUAAAGUGAAUCCUUCUCUCUUUUUGAGUUAAACCAAGAAAUCUGCUCACCCAUUCAAUCUUUCCUCAUUGUUCAUUACAACCAUACAUCUAAGAAUCCCAAAAUCUUAUCUUUGAGCCCUCCAGAAGAAGAGCAAGAGGGAAAAAGAAAGGAAUAAAAAUGAUUUGAUUCAUCAAGAUUCCACCAAUGAGUUCACCCGGAAAUCCCUUUUGGUUCCUCCCUUUGUUUCUGGUCAUUUUAACCAUAUUUCAGCUCAUCCCACUAUCCAAAUCUGCAGCAGACUCCACUAGCAUAGUGUACAAGGGCUGUGCAAAACAGGCUUUAUCAGAUCCAUCAGGGGUUUAUUCACAGGCACUUUCUUCCUUAUUUGGCACACUAAUUGCACAAUCCUCAAAAGCAAAGUUCUUCAAGACUACCACUGGCAGUGGCCAAACCACAAUUACUGGCCUUUUUCAAUGCAGAGGCGACUUGUCAAAUGUUGAUUGCUAUACCUGUGUUAGCAGGCUGCCUAUACUUAUAGACAAGCUUUGCGGGAGGCCUAUUGCAGCAAGAAUGCAGCUCCUGGGCUGCUACAUGCUAUAUGAAGUUGCGGGUUUCGCUCAGAUUUCUGGGAUGGAAAUGCUGUACAAGAGUUGUAGUGGAACAAAUGUUGGGGGGGCUGGAUUUGAGGAGAGGAGAGAUACUGCUUUAUCUUCACUUGAAAAUGGCAUGAGUAGCAGCAGUGGUUUCUAUACAACAAGCUAUGAGUCUGUUUAUGCGCUGGGGCAAUGUGAAGGUGAUGUGGGAGCUUCAGACUGUGGGGAGUGUGUGAAAAGUGCAGUUCAGAGAGCUCAGGUUGAGUGUGGGAGCUCCAUUUCUGGUCAAGUCUAUCUUCACAAGUGCUUCAUUAGCUAUAGCUAUUAUCCACAUGGAGCCCCUAAAAAAUCAUCUUCUGCUUCAUAUACCUCUCCUUCUUCUUCAUCAUCAUCAUCUUCUUCUUCAGGUUCAGGGCCCAAUACAGGAAAGACAGUGGCUAUAAUAUUAGGAGGGGCAGCAGGAGUGGGGUUUUUGAUCAUUUGCUUGCUGUUUGCAAGAGGUUUAGUGAAAAAAAAAGAUGAUUACUGAGAACAUCUGGAGUUUGUCAGCAAAUCUUAUUCUUGAGGUGGAGAGCUGUUAAUUCCACUUUGAAAAUGCUACACAAACUAGAAAACCUCUACUUUCGUUUUACAUAUUAAGGACAGUAGAUUUUGAAGGUUAUUGAGUUUGAGAUCAAUAACAUUAUAUCGAUGACUUUAGCGAACAGCAACGAGAGUUAGUCAGUUUUUUAGCUUGUGUAGCGAUUUUCCUUCUCGAAUCUCCUACUUUAAAAUCAUGGGGCAAGAUUGUUGUUCUUGCAGCAAAGUUAGGGGAUGAAGCUCCUGUGAUUGGUAAGAAAUGUUGCUGGAGAAGUUUUGUUUGCUGUUGCUAAGAAUGAUCCCAUUGCCACUAUUUUGAAACAAAACUGAUAUGUAAUGUUGAGGAGAAAAAGGGAGAGGAGCAACUAGCAACAGAUUUUGGGCUUAUUCGUCCCACUUGCCAUGUGAUUUCUUUUGUCUCUUUUCUUCCACUGUCUUGAAAUUCUUCUCUAUUUUCUUUAAAACUUUGAUGCUUUUAAGGAAAAGCUCUCCUCUCUUUGCAUGUA